CACCGGAGAGCAAAACAACACGGUGGUUUGGCACACGUGGAGCUCCUACAACCACUCUGCUGCUGGCAGAGGAGCAAGAACGAAGAGGAGGAGGACAAGACAAGAAGCACCUCAACAUCAGCCGGAGGAGAGAUAGAGAGGAGGAAAAAUUCCCUCAAACGCACUUAGGGCCUCUGAUGAGGAGAAGAGGAGCGCGGAGGGCAUUGGCUAGGCUUCACCCACAAUGGCAGCUCCAGACUUACUGGACCCCAAAACGGCCACUCACAACACCAAGCCCCGCCUCUCCUUCUCCACAAAGUCCAUCACGCUGACUCGGCGAGAGGAGAGCGAGGUGGUGGCCACGGUGAUGAAAAGGAAGACGGUGACCGCCAUCUUUCUUUUGGUGGUCCUCUACUUGGUGAUGGGAGCGGCUGUCUUUAGGUCUCUGGAACAACCUCAUGAGAGUGCUCAACGCUUGGCCAUCUUGACUCAGAAGUUGGACUUUCUGGCCAAACAUGACUGCGUCAACCACAGCCAGCUGGAGGAUCUGGUUAAGCAAGUCGUGUCGGCCAUCCGUUCGGGAGUAAACCCCGCGGGAACGCUGGCCAAUCCCAGCAGCCUUUGGGACCUGAGCUCGGCCUUCUUCUUCGCCGGGACUGUCAUCACAACUAUUGGCUUCGGCAACAUUUCACCUCACACAGAAGGCGGGAGAAUCUUUUGUAUUGUCUACGCUCUGCUGGGCAUCCCUUUGUUUGGCAUCCUUCUGGCCGGUGUUGGCGACCAGCUGGGCACCAUCUUUGGCAAGAUCAUCGCCAGAGUGGAGAAAAUGUUUGUGCACAUGGACAUCAGUCAGACCAAGAUCCGGGUCAUAUCCACGUUGCUCUUUGUGCUUUUUGGCUGCUUGCUGUUCGUGGCGCUCCCGGCAGCUAUCUUUCAACACAUCGAGGGCUGGUCGGCUCUGGAGUCGCUCUAUUUUGUGGUCAUCACUUUGACCACUAUCGGCUUCGGGGACUUUGUUGCAGGAGGCUCUGAAAUUGAGUACUUGGAUUACUACAAACCAGUUGUGUGGUUCUGGAUUCUGGUGGGACUGGCCUAUUUUGCUGCCAUCCUCAGCAUGAUUGGAGACUGGUUAAGAGUCAUUUCUAGGAGGACCAAAGAGGAGGUGGGAGAGAUUCGUGCCCACGCGGCCGAGUGGACGGCCAGCGUGUCGGCAGAAUUGAAGGAAACCCGCCGACGAGUAAGCGUGGAAAUCUACGACAAAUUCCAGCGAGCCGCUUCCAUUAAACGCAAACUCUCAUCCGAACUCGGUUUCAGCCCCACCCCGGAAUUCGCUCUGCCCCGGAGGGCUGUUUUGGCCAACCACGGCGAGGAGCGGGAAAAGGGCGAAAAGGAGGUGGGGCUACCGGGGUUGACGUCACAGAUGACUCGGAACUGCGGCUUGUUUAUGAACGGUUUGGACCUUGAAAGAGGCGAUAUGGCCGCUAUUGAACACAUAAAAUGAAAAACACUUUGAAGACUUGCUUGUCCUGCUGGAAAAUAUGAUGGAUUUCCUCAUUAUGGUGGACAAUGACAUCCAUUCUACAGAAUUUCAGCUUUUUUGAACAGUUCCUUCAAAUGUAUUCUUUGGUUCUCUAACUUUGGGACCCCUUUUAUAAUCCUGAAGCCAAUUUAACAUGAUUACCUCGUGUCGUUGACCCCUAAGUGCCAGAGGACUUAAAAUUGCAGUUAAAAUGUAUAUAAAGUGUAUAUAAACACACCAAAAAUGGAUUUUGUGGACCUCCAAGUGUCUACUCGCAGGCCUUUAGGGGUACAGGUACCGCAGUUUGAGAACUACUGCCUUACGUCUGAAUAUAAGCAUCAAGAUGACCUAGACAAAUGCGGAGGUACAGUAAUACAGCGGUUUCAUAUUUUUUGGGACACAGCAAUAACAAAUUAGUAUUUUUGAUAGUUUUGAGUCUUCUCGUCGUCACUAACAGCUGUAGGCUGCCAUCAUAUAUCGUAAAGAUAUAGCUUUGAAUGCGGUCGCCAGUAGGGAACAAGAAGUCGGUAUGACCUUUAGGAUUUUGUUGCCGUUCUCAAACUUUGACUAAUAUUCAUCCGAACUCUCAGGUGAGGAGAAAGAGGGACGGCGUGACAUGUACGAGGCAAAACGGGCAGUUUAAAUCAAACGUCACGUUGCCUUAAAAUCGUUCCUUUUGCCGAAAUGUCAAGCACAAGUCUCAGAGGUUGACCUUCAACUGAGAGCAACGAAAUGAUGUUUUUAUUGCCCCUCUGAGCCACCUCCUCACAGCUGCUACAAUUUUCAUAAGAGUGAAUCUGGAAGGAAAACACAAACUCCAAACUAAAAAAAGGACUGACCUUAAAUUUUGAUUUGAGAUUAUCAUCUCAAUCUUCUUUACAUGUAACCUCCCAGACUCUAUUUUAGGUUCAGGAUAUGCAUGAGCCGAUAUCAGUAUCUCCCAGUAUGAUAACCUUGAGCAAAUAUAGGGAAGCAUCACAAAAUGAAAGCUUUAAAAUGUGUUAUUUUGAGAAAAAAAAAAAAAAAGGUUUGAAAAACUAUUUUUUUACAUGUAUUUUUAAACAACAUAUGGAAUAAUUAUUUAGAUAUGUAUUUAUAAUACAGUACAGUGAUCAGUGAUCCCUCGUUUUUUGCGGUUAAUGGAGACCAGAACCCGGGAAAAACCGCAAAGUAGCGCCCCCCCCAAUUUGUUUUGUGUGCGUUUUCAAUGUAUUUAUUUGGAAUUAACUUUAGAGAUACAUAUAAGACAUGUUUUUUUUUUUUUUUUACUUUUUUCCUCCAAAGAACAAUUAUAUAAA